AGCCGGAAGCGGGUGGCGACCGGGUGGGCGGCCGGCGCGUGUCCUCUGUGCAGUUCGCGGCACGGCAGACCCUGGCCCGACCGCCGCCGAGACCCUGCCCUGACCCCAGUCCGACCCGGCGCAAAGGAUCUAGCGCCCUGCCCGGGCUAGCCGGCCCUGCCCCGUCCCCUCCUUCGGAUCCAAGACGUGGUCCAGACUCAGGGUCCGGUCAGGCCUCUUUCUGAGUUCUGAAAGGUCUUCCACUUUUCAGAGGGAAGAAUCCUCCUCUCGGUGUUGAAGAGCACCAUGGCCAGCCCAAGAACCAGGAAAGUUCUUAAGGAAGUUCGGGCGCAAGAUGAAAACAAUGUGUGUUUCGAGUGCGGCGCCUUCAACCCACAGUGGGUGAGCGUGACCUAUGGCAUCUGGAUCUGCCUGGAGUGCUCGGGGAAGCACCGUGGGCUUGGGGUUCACCUCAGCUUCGUCCGCUCCGUCACGAUGGACAAGUGGAAGGACAUGGAGCUGGAGAAGAUGAAGGCGGGCGGGAACGCUCGGUUCCGAGAGUUCCUGGAGUCUCAGGAGGACUACGACCCCUGCUGGUCGCUGCAGGAGAAGUACAACAGCAGGGCUGCUGCCCUCUUCAGGGACCGGGUGGCCGCUCUGGCUGAAGGCAAAGAAUGGUCUCUGGAGUCAUCACCCGCCCAGAGCUGGACUCCACCUCAGCCCAGGACACUGCUGUCCUCUGCCCACCGAGCCUCCGGCCAGGUGCAGAACUCCACCGCCUCUGGGGACAAGGCUUUCGAAGACUGGUUGAAUGAUGACCUUGGCUCCUAUCAAGGGGCCCAGGAGAACCGUUAUGUGGGGUUUGGGAACACGGUGCCGCCUCCAAAGAGGGAAGACGAUUUCCUCAACAGCGCCAUGUCGUCCCUCUACUCGGGCUGGAGCAGCUUUGCUACCGGAGCCAGCAGGUUCGCCUCAGCGGCCAAGGAGGGCGCGACAAAGUUCGGGUCCCAAGCAAGUCAGAAGUUCUGGGGUCCCAAGCAGCAGCCAGAGCUGGCAUCGGAGUUGGGCCACAGUCUGAAUGAGAGCGUUCUUAAACCCGCCCAGGAGAAGGUGAAGGAGGGGAAGAUUUUUGAUGAUGUGUCCAGUGGGUUCUCUGAGCUGGCGUCCAAGGUCCAGGGAGUUGGCAGCCGGGGCUGGAGGGACGUCACUACGUUUUUUUCUGGGAGAGCAGAGGAUUCAUCAGACAGACCCCCGGAGGGCCCGAGCUACCAGAACAGUGGUGGGGACAACUCCCAGAAUACCCUCGACCAGAGCUUCUGGGAGGCCUUCGGGAGCGCCGACCCUGCCAGGGCCCACCGGUCCCCAAGUAGUGACAGCUGGACAUGCGCGGACGCCUCGGCCGACAAGAGGAGCUCGGACAGCUGGGAUGUGUGGGGCUCGGGCUCUGCGUCCGCGUCCAACAAUAGGAUCAGCGACAACAGCGACGGUGGGGAGGCCUGGGGUGGUGGUGGGGAGGGCCGGGCCAAGGUCGCCAAGAAGGCCACGCCGCCACCCACGGUGGACGAUGGCUGGGACAACCAGGACUGGUAGGGCCCCAAGGCCGGUGCAGCGGCCGCUCCGCCUGCUCCCUCUUACCAUUCCACCCGAGAAUCGCCAGACGUGCAAGAAGACAGCCUCAGCCGAGACCCAAGAGCCACGUGCCUGUGGGAGUAGGGGCACUUCUGUGCCCCUGUGCUCGCUUUUCAGGGGACCCAAGCCAGGUGCUGUCGCAGGCAGGGCUCCCUGCUGCUGCAGGGCCAGCACACCCAGCCCCUCCCCAGAGAGCUCGGUAAUAAACGCUCUCGGUGUUGCACGCGGCCACACGUGCUCGAGGCCUGAUUUUCCUUGAAGCGA